AUGAAGUCACCGGACAUCACCAGCAGCCAGGUGACCCGGCUAGUCAAUUCUGUCCCAGCACCACUCAGAUCCUGCUCCGUAAGACAAAGGUUGCCGUGCAGUCAUAACAUCGGUGCUUUGCAGGUGCUAGCAGGAUUUUGGUUCCUGGCCCACCUUAGGGAACCGCAUCAUGUCACGGCUGACUUCGAUGUAACCGGUUGCUUCCUUAUCAUCCCCCACUACAUUGGCGUCCUGACGUUUUUCCGGGACAAGAUGAAGACGCAGACAACUGUAGAGAAUGCUAAUGUUCAUCUUUUGGCAUCAGUGAACACCAUUGAGGAAGCCACAAAGAUGAUUGGUACCUUGAAAAAAAUGGUACCAUCUGUCAAGUAUCACCACCACUGCAGUGGAUCAGACACCUUUGAUGCUCACCUCCAGCAUUACUCGUCUCCAAACAGCAACCAUUCCAACAAUGUGCCAGGCAAGCGAGGUUAUUGUCAGAGUUGCUGUGAUACCUUAGUGAAUUUUUCCUUCGGAAACGAUGACGUAACUGACAUGGAAGCAGAUGAAAUAGAUGCGGAGGCAGAAAUGGAGACAGGUGCCAGUGCAGAAGAAGUCAUGGAAGUUGACAGCAACGAGUCAGUGUCCAUGGAGAUAGACAAGUUGGACGCGGACAUCAUGGAGGUUGACUUCAAUAAAUGUGAUGAUGCUGGGACUGCAAAGGAGACUGAAGACAAGGAUGACACAGACAUGGAUGUCGACCUUCGUGAAGAUGAAAAAAUGGAGUGGGACGAGCUAUUACCGAUUCAUGGAGGAUGGGACUUCACGAGAUUCCAUUAUGGGCCCGAUCAUGUCUUCACCAGACAACCCCUGCAUAAAACAGCCAGCUGUGUCGGUCUGAAGACUGAAGCCAUGGACUGGGAUGAGCAUGUGUCUAAAGCCUGCUGGAACUGGCUUACAGUUUCCUCUGUGAGUCCGAUUUCUGCCCUCACAUCUGCAGAAUCUCCGCUAAUGGCGUUUUCAGCAAGAAAUACACCAAGAGCGUCGGUACCACCGCCACCACGUCCACCGCCAUUGCUGUCACUGCCUCUUCGCAGAGCCGGCACACUACCACAAAAACCGCCCACAAAUGCAGCCAUUAGGUUUGAAUCACGUAAAAGUAUAGGCCUAGGUGAUGAAAGACAGCUAGGCCAACGUUCUGUGCUACGGGGUCAGGCUCUGGAAGGAUGCAGCGUUCUGAGGGAUCACAGCAGGAUGCCAACGUUAACCGAACCUAAAAAUCGACGAGCUCGCUCAUCGAGGAAAGCAAAGCUUGCGAGCAUCAAAGUGGCAACACAACAAAGGCCGAAACGCAAACAGUACUACCGUGCAAGCCACAAACGACGACAGGCAUUGAGACACAUGGCUCUCCGGUGUGGCUUAUCUACUCGUGAAGCAGUUUGGACAAGGCAGAGAGAUGAGGUCCCGGAAGGAAUCAGACUCACCAGAUUCAGAAUUAGACAAGAUCACAAGACAGCCCGCCUUGUCAGAGCUUUUACAGAACUUACAUUGAAGGACUGCGACAUAAAAUCUUCAGAUGGGCUGUUGGCAUCACAUUCUCUUGCAGCCACAGGAUGUAUGAGGACGACCCAAAGCGCACGAGAGUGCAGUAUCAUGGAAAAGCUGGAGCCGGAACUUCCAGUGAAAUCAAACGUUCAUCAACCUGCAUCUACCGGGGAUAUUCCCGAGAAAAAAACGAAUGAGGUUGAUAAACUUGAUCGUCUACGUGGGUGUCUGGCACUAUCUAAUCUUGCCAUAAGUCCUAGAUACCACAAAGACAUUAAUGGUGAUGCAACAAACCAAGAACGACAUGACGCUCCUAAGGGGGAGGUGAGAGUACCUUCAGCAAAUCUGCAACAACCACAGGGUAUAUCUUCAUCUACCGAGAAGAGACCAGAGGGAGAAAAGACAGACAUUUCGAAAUUUGUCAGGCUGCAUCAGUGUUUGGCAUUAGUUAAUGUCUCAAUCAAGGACAUUGAUUGUAAGAGAUCAACUGGCGCAAUGGCCAUCAAAGAUGUCAAGGAUGUCUUACCUGAAAAUCUGCAAAUGAACAACGUGGACAACAAUCAGCUUCCGGCAGCUAAUAUUUCGAUGAUACAGAGCUCAUCUGAUUCCAGUGACGGUGGGAAAACAAAACAGCGUGUUGACAGCAAAUUUCCUAAAGACAACCCCCAUCAAACACAUAGUGAAUACACAUCUGCCGAAAACCCAGCAGAUCAAGACUCAAGUUUUGACAACGUUGUCAGCGUUCAUUUUUGUGAGGCGCCAAAUGGUAUUUUGAUGAAAGAAGGAACAUCAAAAGACGCAAACCAGGGAAUAAUCAACCAAAUUAACGACAAGGGGCUGUCUGAACAAAUUAUCGAGGAACAGAAAAAAGAUUCAUGUAUACCUUGUCAAGUUGACGUCCUCAGAACAGGAGAUAAGCCCAGCGAAGACGACAUAUUUGCAAGUCACCUGCAACAUUCCAGAAAAACAAACAGUGAUCAGGAAUUGGGUCGAUGUAUUGACGACAGUCCCAAAGGGUUUACACUCACCAAGUCAGAGGCCUUACCAGUUCGCAAGCCUACUCCCAUUGACUCAGGCUGGACGAGACGUGAGGUCGUCUUACAGCAGACCAGACAAGCUGCUGGAUAUACAAGAAGACCAAAUACCCCAGUCGCAUCCCUCAUCACUGCAUUCACACAACUCAGAUGCACUGACCUUGAAUCGAUGUCCUCGGUAACUGAAACACCAGAAGAGUCAUUCAGCAGACUGGAGCAAAGAGGAUGCGACAAGCCGUCACGAGUUGAACCGAAUUCAAAGGAGUUUCGAGUCCCAAAUCGAAACGUGAACGAAGGUGUACCAGACAGCAACGUAGAAGGUAGUGGUACACUUCCUUCCAGUUUGCCAUUGCUUGAUGAUGAUAUCAAACACAGUGCACAGCAGGCCAUGGCUGAUGAAAUAACAAGCCAGCCUGCGAAUGAAGAGGGACUAAUACGGGGUGAUCUAUUGAAUUCACAUCAACCAAGUGCAGGCAGUGGCGCGAGACAGCUAGAAACUGUUUCACCUACAGACAACAGAGACGAAGUGAGAGAUGACAUAGGCGACGAAGACGCACUUAUAAACCUUAUCCAAGGUUUGAGGUUAACUGAAGAUGACAUGCAUUCCACAGGACGGAUUCAAGAAGAGAGACGUUGGGAAUUAAAUGCACAAGUUAUUGAGAGCCAGCACAAGCAACCUGUUUUCCACAACAUUCGUAAUAUACAUGUACACCAACCACAGAUGCGAAGUUUUAAUGACAGUAUAUACAGGAGAGACGUAUUGAGCGAACUCAUACCGCAAAUGAGACAAAUGGAAGAGACCAAUAGCGGAGCGUUUGAUGUUUCAAGUCAGAAGCCAACAAUUCGUCAUAGAGACCUGAACGCUUUUGAACCGAAUAAGAACUUCACGAACUCCAGGGUGUCAGCACCGAGACUCGCUCUCAAAUCUGCUAGACAAGCAUCCAAUUCUUUAGAGCAGAUUCGUGACAGAUUCAGAAAGAUGGCAGUCGAACGGGCUCGGAAGCUAAGACUCCAAGCAAGGGACAUUGAAAGAGGUGACGGGAGUGAGGAGAAUGAGAAUAUGUGCCUCAUCACUGAGAUGAAUGCAAUGACCAUAAAACAAGAAGACGUAAAGGACAACUCAACGUCAUCACCACCAACCAAACAUGGCAACAGUCGUGUUGAAAAGGAAUUUCAUCCUGGAAGCCCAUCUUAUUUAACUAACAGCGACAAAGCACAGAAAGGUGCAAAGGAGACGGGGGAAAAUGAACUAAACAACACAGUGGCAACUACGACAAUUAGCCUUACCUCAUCUAAACAACCACGCGAGGACGAAAGUGAGGAAUUUCAUAAGAAAAAUGAGAAGGAAGAAAGAUCUGUUCUUGCAAGGCUCGACACCGAAGCUGCCGCACAGAAAAAUGAACACAGGCCUGAUAAUGAAACUGCAGUCCUCCAGACUCCUGAAGAAACAGCCCCAAGUGGUUUUGCAACAGAGCUCGAUUCAAACAGCAAAGGAAGUCAGGAUACGUUGGGAAACAUAUCCGCUGCAGAAGCCACGCCAGAAUACACUACACACCAGCAGGUACUGAUGAAGAUGGAGACACUACAUGUUGAAGACCAAAAAACAACUCAAGAAGAAACAAACAGAGAGGGCUUACCACAGAGACAGUUGGUGGCACGGUUCAACGCAAAUAGCAAAGGUGCAACCGUUUCAAGACAAGAAAAGGUCUUUAGAUUCGUCAGACCGUCAAAACGGGUUAACUCAGCAGUCGUUCCUCAAAGAGAAGAUGGGGUAACAGAAUCCGCAGGUGUCGGUCAAGGCUCUCAGUCUAUGCAGUCACGUUCCACUCGGUCUAUGAUAAGUUUGCGCCUCGAGGAAGCGCGAGAUUGGAGAAGAGUAAAGGCUAAGGAGCGAGCAAGAGAGGCCAGGUUAAGGACAUUAAAUCGGGACAUUGACACCGAUGACACUUCAGAGAGCGGUGAUGAAGUUCAAGAUAACAGAACACCUCUUGAAGAUGGCAACAAUACACAAACACAUGGAUCACACUCAGAAGAAGUGCAGGAAGAGGAGUCUUUUACUGAUCCGAGCUCAGACAGCACUGAAACUACAGACUCCUCAGAGGACGAGGCAGUUGGUUUAGCAAUCAAAGGGGCACGACUUGUUACACAGCUACAGCGAUUGGAUGUCAAAUCAAACAGUGACGCUAGAGCACAACCUCAAAAAGGCCGGGCAGGUAUCAAGGCAUCGGCACAAGAACUGCUUCUAAAAUAUGCCAGGCCAGCAAAGGCGGCGCUGACGUUAAGGAUACCCAGGCCUUGCAGAAUCGAAGACCGCAGGUCACACUGCCGUCGUAGGAGGAAUAAAUCGGAAGAUUCUGACGACUUCCUGCAAUCAUCUGUAAGCUCACGUGUAAAUAAAUCCCGACAGAAGAGGAGAGAGGAAGCUUUAGAGCGGGCCAGGCUGGCGAGGUUUCGGGCUCGUUGCAUCGAACUUGAAAAUGAUGACGAUGAUGAAUUGCUGAGAAGAGACUCAGUGGACAUUUCCUUAAUGCAAAGGAUGAUUGACGAGCGGGCUGAUGAUCUGGAGAGACAAAGAACUGUGGCUGAUAGAGGACUAAGAGCACAGGUAACACCAGACGACGAGAACACGGUGCCACAUGACGGGAAAGACGCAACUGAAAAACAAAAAUGAAACCAGCCUUACGAAAGAAGAGGAAACUGGAAAAAAAACCUCACUCAGAUAGACCAACUGACUCCGUGUACACCCGUCACCAAAGCAAUGUAAGUCCAGAAGGGUAGGAACCCUGCUUGGGGGAACCUAGUAACAACACAGCAGCCGAGGAAAACCCUGCGUUAAGUCAAAGGCAAAAUCUUUUUUGUCGGCAUGUCGCACGCGUCCAACGUAAGAAAGCGAGAAGAACUGAACAGAGAGCAGAUGCUACAGCUUGAUUUAAACAAAGCGGGACCUGCAGAAGCACUCAAACCGAGAUGAGGUUAAGAUGCGCCAUGCCAAAGAAGACCGUCCAAUACCAGGUAUCCCCACGGUGCUGAGGCAAAGUAAAAACGACAGAAACAAUGGCUGAGACGGAUUAACAUCCAUCAUUACGGUCCUGUUUGAAGUAAGCAAGAAAGACACGAAGGGACCUGUUUUAGUCUCCACGAAGACCAAGGAAGCCAAAUUCCUGAAUAGACACAUGAAUGUGUCUGAUUCUGACGACAAUGACGAAGAGAGAUCUGCUAGCAAGUCGUUCUUGUCAUGGCACACUUAGGGCAGUUUUCAAAGAAAAUGACACGAACAAGGGACCACUGUUUUGCUCAGAGAACGACAGAAUACGAUAAUUUAAAAUAUUGUAGACUGAACUAAUCAAUUUUUCAAAAAAAGAUGAAUUUCUGGAUAAAAACUCUUAAAAGAGCAACCCCACCUAUAACAGCGUUGGAAAGUCUGGAUUUUUGUCUGGGUAGUGAAGGGUUGACAGGAUACGAAUGGUGCGUUUAUCCACUUACAGCAUCUCUACCCUUGGCAAGGAAUGCUUCGCGACACUCAAAGAAAACUUACUACUCAUCUGUUCUCUCACGCAUACGCAAUCACUUCUACAAAACUCAACAUUUGAGAAAUACUAUGUUAUUCAUCGUUGUAUUAAUAAGACUACAAGGAUGAGCAAUGUUGGAAUUCCUCUGUGGCUUAGACCAUGGGUGAUCUGUCAUAGAAUGAAAACUAAGAUUAAAAGCCACUUGUGACUACAGGCCAGGGAAAAAACUACUUUCAAAAUCGGAGAAUGAAAUUUUUAGAUAAAAAAAUAGGCACAAGUCAUUGGUUCUAGGAGUGCCUAGGUACACAGUGAUUUUUUUCUUAGUAACUUAGAAAAUCAAGAAUAUGAAAAAAUGGGGAAUUCAACAAGACUUAAACCAGAAAUAUCUGUAUAAUUU